GGAAGCGGGACUGGGCGGAUGUCUCCGGCGCGCCCGUGCAGGGGGCUGAGGGCUGCGGUGGCUGCCAGCGUGGGAUUGAGCGAGGGGCCGGCGGGCUCCGCCCGGAGCGGCCGCCUCCUCCGCCCGCCGAGCCCCCCUCCGGCCGCGCCGGGAGCCCGGCUGUUGCGGCUCCCGGGGAGCGGGGCCGUGCGGGCCGCAAGUCCGGAGCGCGCCGCCUGGACCGAGGCGCUGCGGGCCGCCGUGGCCGAACUGCGCGCCGGCGCCGUGGUGGCUGUCCCCACCGACACGCUGUAUGGCCUGGCCUGCUCGGCGAGCUGCUCGGCGGCGCUGGGCGCCGUGUACCGCCUCAAGGGCCGCUGCGAGGCCAAGCCGCUGGCCGUAUGCCUGGGCCGCGUGGCCGACGUCUACAGGUACUGCCAUGUGAGAGUACCCGAGGGGCUCCUGAAAGACCUGUUACCAGGCCCAGUCACCCUGGUGAUGGAACGCUCGGAGGAGCUCAACAAAGACCUGAACCCCUUCACUCCUCUUGUAGGCAUCCGGAUUCCUGACCACGCCUUCAUGCAGGACCUGGCCCAGGUGUUCGGGGGACCACUUGCUCUCACCAGCGCCAACCUCAGCUCCCAGGCCAGUUCUCUGAAUGUCGAGGUGAGAGUCCUCCCCCCAGAAGUGUCACCAGGCCAAACAGUUUCCUCUGAACCUGUGGGGUUGAUGGUGUGCUGGAAUUGCCUAGCAGGAGAGUCACCCUUUCGGUCUAAUGAUGGGAAGUUCUGCCUCAUUGUCAGGGGGUUGGGAGAGGUGGGGUGGAAAGAAUCCAAAUUAAAGAAUCUCAGAAAGGUUUCAUUACAAAGUUUGAGAGGCGAGGGGGAAAAUUGAUGUUUUCUUCUUAUUAACUUUUUAAUAAUAAGAAACAUUGUGAUAAAUACAAUCAUUUUUUCCCUUUUUGGGGGGGUAGCAGUUGUUGGAGAAUACAGUUAGGCGAUAAGUCUUUAUAACAGUGCUGUACAGAAAAUUAAGGCUCCAAAAAGUUCAUUCAGUUGUUCCAGGGACUCCUGACCCUGUUCUCUUACCUCUGCCACAAGCCAGGUCAAAGAAACAAUCGUCCUAAUCCUGUCUUGGCUGCAUAGCUUAGAACGAACGAGGACACAAAGGAAUUUAACUUACCACACAUUUUUUUCUUACUGAACUUAAAUAGUUCAUAGUAAAGUGAUGGAGUUUUCCAUGCCCAGACCUAGAGAGUGGGUUCAGGGCCCUGGGAAGUGAGAGCUCAGCACCCCUUCUUAUUCUCAGACUGCGGGGUUUUCUCGGUCCUGGUGGCUACACCUGAGGCCGUGGGCAAGGGGAUGCUAGGGUGGGGGAGGGAGGUUUCUUUGUACUUUUCAGCAAGCAGUUGCCCUGUCCAACACCAUAACUGGUAUUUACGACCCGCCAUCCCAGAUUCCCAGGCCUAACUGCCACUGCAUUGUCCUCAUGGGGGCGGGAGUGACCCUCUAGCUCAGUUCACAGUUCAAUCCACAGUUCUGGAGGGAGUAUCCUUCCCAUAGCCCAAGGAUUGAGUGCUGGUGGCAUGCACUUGCUGAGGCCAGCCUCUUGCUCUCCCUACCCUGAUCAGAGUUCCUCUGACAUCCAGGAUCACAGUGCUAGAGCUGGAAGGACCUUUGGUGGCCAUCUCGUCCAGCCCCCUAU